GUUGUGCUACUGACGUAGACCUGGCAGACGGGUAUUUGUCACUCCUGAUGGAUUAUUGAUCAGCUCUACUAGGCCCUGAUUUUGUUUUAUUCACAUUUCAUGUCGCAAAGUCAAACAAUUCCAUCAAAGCAAGAGAUGUCUUAAAAUAUUAAAGGGGCCCUAUUAUGUUUUUUGGGGGGGUUCCCUUUCCUGUAGUGUGUUCUAUUUUUGUGCAUGUAAACAGAUCUGCAAUGGCUAAAAUCCCUUUUUCUUCCACACACUUCCCCCUUGCCUGAAACGCCUCCAUUGGACUCCUUUGCUUAAUUCAGGAACAUAGUGACACUUGCGCUUCCAAUGGCUAGUGCUCCAACACAUUGUACGUGAUAGGCUUAGGGGCGGAACGUUUACACACAGUAAAACAUGCCAAAUGUUUGGUGACCAUUCUUAUCUUCUCUCUUGCUCACCCAAGCAAAGGGCAGAGACUCUUCAGCCUGACCCGGCCUUAUAUCAGCACAGCGAGCACUAAAGGCACAGCUCAUUUGAAAGGCAACUUCAUCUGAAUGUCAUGGCGCACCAGAUACAUCAUUUUACACGAAAGUCCGUGGAGAUAACAUCUGGCUGAGCCUUGACGAUGAGUUUCAGAAUGUCAGGUGAUCUGGAGAAAGAGGAGGAGGAAGAUGAGGAGGAGGAGGAAGAGGAAGAAGGAAGUGUUAACCCAACAGAGGUGAAGAUGAGUCAGAUAGUGAUGCCCUGUCACAGCAACCACCGACAGGAACUGAGCGUGGGACAGCUGCUCAAGUGGAUCGACUCCAGCGCCUGCCUCUCUGCUGAAAGGCAUGCCGGGUGUCCCUGUGUCACGGCAUCCAUGGACGACAUCCACUUCGAACAUACCAUCAGUGUGGGUCAGGUGGUGAACAUCAAGGCAAAGGUCAACAGAGCCUUCAACACCAGCAUGGAGGUGGGCGUGCAGGUCAGCUGUGAGGAUCUGUUCUCUGAUCGCCACUGGAGGGUCUGUCACGCCUUCGCCACCUUUGUUACCCAGCGCACAAACACAGGGAAGAAGGUGAUCUUGAAGCCUGUGGUUCCUCACACUGAGAAGGAGCAGGUGGAGUAUAGCGUGGCGGCUGAGAGACGCAGGGUCAGGAUGCUACACGAUGACAUCAUCAAAGAUCUGCUCUCCCACGGAUCUGUCCUGCAGGCUGACAACUCUGCAGUAGGUAAUGCGGUGGCAGCAGAGAAGACCAAGGUGGAGAGUGUUGAGCUGGUUCUACCCCCCCAUGCUAACCAUCAGGUGAAUACAUUUGGAGGACAGAUCAUGGCCUGGAUGGUGAAUGUAGCUACAAUUGCUGCCAGCCGUCUGUGUCAGGCUCACCCGACUCUGCGCACCAUCGACAUGUUCACCUUCAGAGGACCCUCUCAGGUGGGGGACAGACUACUGCUGAGGGCCAUCGUCAACAACGCCUUCAAAAACAGCAUUGAGGUGGGGGUGCGUGCAGAAGCCUACCACGAGGCGGGGCCGAACCGACACAUUAACUCUGCCUUCAUGACCUUCGAGGUGCUGGAUGACCACACGAAGCUGUGUACGCUACCACGGAUACGACCCGAGCCCUUGGAAGGGGAGAGGAGGUUUCAAGAAGCCAUAGCCAGGAAGAAGAUCAGACUGGACAGAAAGUACAUCAUUUCCCAGAAGCAGGGCGAGGUCCCUCUGUCUGUGCCCUGGGACCCCAGAAAUCAGGUGUAUCUGAGCUAUAACAAUGUUUCCGCUCUGAAGAUGUUGGCUGCUAGAAAAAACUGGCGCCUCAGCUCUGAGAAAGACAAGGUCCGUCUUUUCACCCUGGAGUAUAAGUCCAUGUUGAGUGUCAGGGUGGAGUCGGAGGUGAAUGUCCCUGCUCACAGAGCUUUCCGUCUGCUGGCUGAGCUGAGCGACAGGCCCAGCUGGGACCCACAUUAUCAGAAAUGUGAGCUGAUACACCGGGUGGAUGAUGACGACUUCCUGUAUCGAGUGGUGACCCCAUCUGUGCGUCAGGGGGGCCUUGGGUCCCCGACUUCAGCCCAACCAGGAGAAGGGAUUCAAGACUUCAUCCUGUUGGCUUCCAAGAGGAAGCCGUGUGGCAGCGGAGACCCAUACGUCAUCGCACUGCGUUCAGUGUCCCUGCCCACCCACCCCCCCACUGAAGGAUAUAAAAGAGGAGAGGUUCUGUGUGCUGGCUUUACCAUACUGGAGACUAAAGACAACAUGUCCCUGGUCAGUUACUAUAACCAGGCCUCUCCAGAAGUUAUUCCCUAUAUCUCCACAGACAUAGCCGGCCUCUCCUCCACUUUCUACCACACCUUCUCCUCCUGCAGCCAGUACCUCGCCAGAAACAGACUGCAGUCGGCCUCUGAGGAGCAGACUGGCCCAGAACAGACAACAGACAUAGACAGUCCCCCCUGCGAUGCUGAUGCAGAUGGUCUGUCAGUGGACCUCCACAGCACCCAUUUGUAGACAGUCAGGGUUAUUUCCUGGCCAGUUUACAUCACGUUUACAGUGUCGGGUGAGAUUCAGCUGCUGCUUUACAACAUGGUACUAUUAAUCUGGCAUCAAAUGGUCACAGUGAUCAAAAGGUGAUAUUUAUAUUAAAUCUAAAUAUCCCCAAAAAGUAAGCAAAGGAAUAACUUUGCAUUUGAAACAGAAUGCUCUAAUAUUCAACCAGAGUCCUAUAUAAAACAUCAACCUAAUUUCAAAAUAAAGACUCAUUCAAUAUUAAUGACUGUGCUUUCACACAAUUGAAACAUUGUAGUCUGUGGAUAGCUAGAUAAAAACAUGUUGUGUUUGUGAAUAUACGGUUUAUUUGUACCAAUUGUGGGUUUUUUAUGAAAUGCGGGUUUUUUUUUUUUUUUAAGAAACACUAACAGUAGCAGUUAAUGGUGAAAGAACUGUCAACAUAUUCCGUGAGCAAAUGAGCAAAAAGUACUACUGUCUUUUUUUAUAAAGAAUUUAUGUUUUAUUUAAAAAAAAAAUAUUGACAUUUUAAUAAAAUGAUUUUGAACUGUG